UUACCCGCCAUAUCUGUCUCCCUCUCCCCUUCUCAUCUCCCGAGAAGUAGUAGUAGUAGUCGUCUAGUAGUAGUAGCCUACCACCACCUCCCUCGGCGAGCGGGUCCCACCGGCCACCGUCCGUACUCCGGUGAGCCGGCAUUGCGUGUUCCGGGAUGGCGUCGCCGUACGACCACCAGUCGCCGCAUGCGCAGCACCCGUCGGGGUUGCCGAGGCCGCCGGGGGCGGGGGCGGGUGCGGCGGCGGGCGGGUUCGCGCGGGGGCUGAUGAAGCAGCCGUCGCGGCUGGCGUCCGGGGUGAGGCAGUUCGCGUCGAGGGUGUCGAUGAAGGUGCCGGAGGGGGUGGGGGGGAUGCGGCCCGGUGGCGGGAGGAUGACGCGGAUGCAGUCCAGCGCGCAGGUGGGGCUCCGGGGGCUCCGCUUCCUCGACAAGACGUCCGGCGGGAAGGAGGGGUGGAAGUCCGUCGAGCGCCGCUUCGACGAGAUGAACCGCAACGGCCGCCUCCCCAAGGAGAGCUUCGGCAAGUGCAUCGGCAUGGGGGACUCCAAGGAGUUCGCCGGCGAGCUGUUCGUGGCGCUGGCGCGGCGGAGGAACCUGGAGCCGGAGGACGGCAUCACCAAGGAGCAGCUCAAGGAGUUCUGGGAGGAGAUGACCGACCAGAACUUCGACUCGCGGCUUCGCAUUUUCUUUGACAUGUGCGACAAGAAUGGCGAUGGGAUGCUCACGGAAGAUGAGGUCAAGGAGGUUAUUAUACUGAGUGCGUCGGCGAACAAGCUGGCGAAGCUGAAGGGACACGCGGCGACGUACGCGUCGCUGAUCAUGGAGGAGCUGGACCCGGACGACCGCGGGUACAUCGAGAUCUGGCAGCUGGAGACGCUGCUGCGCGGCAUGGUGAGCGCGCAGGCGGCGCCGGAGAAGAUGAAGCGGACGACGUCGAGCCUCGCGAGGACGAUGAUCCCGUCGCGGUACCGGAGCCCGCUGAAGCGGCACGUGUCCAGGACGGUGGACUUCGUGCACGAGAACUGGAAGCGGAUCUGGCUCGUCGCGCUGUGGCUCGCCGUCAACGUCGGCCUCUUCGCCUACAAGUUCGAGCAGUACGAGCGGCGCGCCGCGUUCCAGGUGAUGGGCCACUGCGUGUGCGUGGCCAAGGGCGCCGCCGAGGUGCUCAAGCUCAACAUGGCGCUCAUCCUCCUCCCCGUGUGCCGGAACACGCUCACCACGCUCAGGUCCACGGCGCUCAGCCACGUCAUCCCCUUCGACGACAACAUCAACUUCCACAAGGUGAUCGCGGCGACCAUCGCCGCCGCCACCGCCGUCCACACGCUGGCGCACGUCACCUGCGACUUCCCGAGGCUGAUCAACUGCCCCAGCGACAAGUUCAUGGCGACGCUGGGGCCGAACUUCGGGUACAGGCAGCCGACGUACGCCGACCUGCUGGAGAGCGCCCCCGGCGUCACCGGCAUCCUCAUGAUCAUCAUCAUGUCCUUCUCCUUCACGCUGGCCACGCACUCCUUCCGCCGGAGCGUCGUCAAGCUGCCGUCGCCGCUGCACCACCUCGCCGGCUUCAACGCCUUCUGGUACGCGCACCACCUCCUGGUGCUCGCCUACGUCCUCCUCGUCGUGCACUCCUACUUCAUAUUCCUCACCAGGGAGUGGUACAAGAAAACGACAUGGAUGUACCUGAUAGUCCCAGUGCUCUUCUAUGCAUGCGAGAGAACGAUCAGAAAAGUUCGAGAGAACAACUACCGCGUGAGCAUCGUCAAGGCAGCGAUUUACCCAGGAAAUGUGCUCUCUCUUCACAUGAAGAAGCCGCCGGGUUUCAAGUACAAGAGCGGGAUGUACCUGUUUGUGAAGUGCCCUGAUGUCUCUCCUUUCGAAUGGCAUCCCUUCUCCAUCACUUCUGCACCUGGAGAUGACUACCUGAGUGUGCAUAUCCGUACACUAGGUGACUGGACGACUGAACUCAGAAACCUGUUUGGGAAGGCUUGCGAGGCACAGGUUACUUCUAAGAAGGCUACCCUUUCAAGACUUGAAACUACAGUUGUGGCGGACGCUCAGACAGAGGAUACUAGGUUUCCUAAGGUCCUUAUUGAUGGGCCCUAUGGUGCACCGGCGCAAAACUACAAGAAGUAUGACAUUCUUUUGCUUAUUGGUCUUGGAAUUGGUGCUACUCCUUUCAUCAGCAUUCUGAAGGAUCUGUUGAACAACAUUAAAUCCAACGAAGAGGUGGAAAGCAUACAUGGUUCUGAGAUAGGCAGCUUCAAGAACAAUGGGCCAGGAAGAGCUUACUUCUACUGGGUGACCAGAGAGCAAGGGUCCUUCGAGUGGUUUAAAGGAGUCAUGAACGAUGUCGCUGAAAGUGAUCACAAUAAUAUUAUAGAGAUGCACAAUUACCUGACCAGCGUGUAUGAAGAAGGCGACGCAAGGUCAGCUUUGAUUGCCAUGGUUCAGUCACUUCAACAUGCCAAAAAUGGUGUGGAUAUCGUCUCCGGCAGCAGGAUUCGCACACAUUUUGCGAGGCCUAACUGGAGAAAGGUGUUCUCUGACUUGGCGAAUGCCCACAAAAACUCACGCAUAGGUGUUUUCUAUUGUGGAUCCCCUACACUCACGAAACAACUCAAGGAUCUUUCAAAAGAAUUCAGCCAGACAACCACAACUAGAUUCCACUUCCACAAGGAAAACUUUUAAGACCGUACCAAAGGACGUCUAAACAGACUGCAUAUACUUGUAUAGGAAAGAAAUACGAUAGCAUUGGGAUAGCAAAUAUAGUCUUACAAGUUUUGCUCUACGAUGGAUUGUACAAAAUAUAUGUUGAAAGCUAGUGUCACCAUCGUGCAUAGAUUCUGGAAUGUUUACAGAUAUAUGUAUUGGAACAGUGGGAAUGCAUGUUAGAAAAAUUGAGUUCCA